AGCUAGAGCUCAGAAACUUCGCUGACUUCAUCCCACAGAUUGAAAACCUGCCCAGCUGCCCAGAACCCCCUGCCCAGAAGGCCUGAAGUUCAAAAAUGGCUCAUACACAUCGCCAAUGCAGCAUUGAGAUUGAGAACACCUCUAUUUUCAUCCUGUGCAAUGAGAGGUCUCACAGUGUCAGUGGAUUCUGUGAUAUUCCUCUGCCUUCGAGACUCGACCCGUCCGAAGCAGGCAGUGGUCGCUUCGUCAAGACUCCCGACACAGACUGUGGGGCUGUGGGCGUCUUCACCUAUGACAUCUACCAGGAAUUCGAAGAUCAGUACAUCGGAAAAAUAGCUGUGAUGUUCUCUAAUCCGGAUGACUUUGCUGUCUAUUCUAACUGGUACGCAGUGGGAGUGUUCAGCAUGGAAAAGCUCUGUGACCAUGAGCUGUAUAAGGAGAUGUAUUACGAGGAAAAGAUGGGAUUUGUCAGGGGUAAAGCCUCUGAGGGCAGUCUCACUUACAGGGGCUCUUCAGUGGCCAUUACUGCCAAUAUGUCGGACAGCUACGAGCCUGUCCUCAAGGUCCAGGUCUACAACGACUGACACCAUCAAAGCAGUGUUGCAACACCUAUGGCGGUGUAACAGUUUCAGAGCAAAUUAAUUCAAUUCAUAUUACAUUUAGUUAAUUUGAAUUCAGUUCCAAACAAAUACAUUCAAUUUCAAAUGAUGCUGUUCAGAUUCAGUUUUUCACUGCAAUAAACCCCUUAGAGCCCUAGGCUAUUUUCAGUGUAAUUUUACUACCUUUAAGCUCUUGAUAAUUGUAAUGGCCAUCUAUAUACUGUAUGCUAUAUAUACUGUAUGCUAUAUAUACUGGGCUAUUCAUAUCUGGGACAGUGUAAUGUGAUAAUAUUUGCAUACUGUAUGUCUUAUGUCAGCCUUUGGAUUUUUAAAAACGUAGUUCAUAGUUGUAGGUGGGAAUAUCUGGAAUCUGGCAAUGUAAGAAUCAUGAUAGUGGGAUACU